AUGGGCCUGGGCUUUGGAAGCAAGCCUGCUGUGCCAAAGGCUGUGCUUAACCACUGUGCCUCCUGGCCCCCUGAGACAGCCCCGGAGCUUCAGGACCCCAGGCCACCAAGACCAGGAUCAGGUGAUUCUUUCACACUCCUGGUGCUCAUUCAGCAGGAGCCGGGCUGGUCCUCCUCUUCCUUCCCUGGCCUGCCAGGUGAGGACUCCAUCAGCACCCUGGGCCUGAUCCUCGGCGUGGGGCUGUCGCUGCUGCUCGUGUCCGUCCUGGGCUACAGCCUGGCCAAGUGGUACCAACGCGGGUACUGCUGGGAGGGGCCUAAUUUUGUCUUCAACUUGUACCAGAUCCGGAAUCUGAAGGAGCUGGAGGUGGGACCACCCUUCACCAUCAGUGGCCACAUCGGCAGUUCAGAUGGUGGCUACAUGAAGUUCUCUGACAGGCUAGUCUGAUAGGGGAGUGUCAGCGUCUGGAGCCCCAGAGAGCCUCCGGAGAGCGCCUCUCGCUGCAGUCCAGCCCCAACACAUACUCCACGUUAGCGCGAGCACCCGUUCGCGAGCCUGUCGGCGAUGCCAGCCCCGGCCUUCGUUACUGCUAAAGUGACAUCACACAGCUCAUUAUCAACCUCAACGAUCAACAACUUGAGUCCUCCACGAGCCACCGCAUUGUCAGAAAUCUGGUUUCACAUGACUCCUGAAGUCCUGACAAUUUAUUGAAGAUAAAAAGACAUACGUCACUGACUUACAAAGAGCUUUGUGUUCAAGGCACACGGGGAUCCACUGCCUCGGCAGGGCCUCCCAUCCCUGGGAACUGCACGUCAGGUAUGCUUUUCUACAGAUCAAGAAGCUGAGCCGCUUCAGUUUACAGAUGAGGAAACGCCAGAAACAGAGGGGUCAGAACUAGAACCUCCAGGUUCUUGAAAUACCCAUAAUUCUUGCACUGUACCACGCUGCUGCUUCAAUAAAUAAGUGAACAAAAUAAAUAAAUAAACCUU